AUGUCUACCAUCAGCCCGCUGGCGCUUGCGCUGUUGGACGAGCAGCUGCGCAACGAGAUCAAGGAGUUCCUUGAGACAGAGAACCAGAAGAGCCGCGUGCAGUCGCAAAUCCACUUCUACAACAACCUCUGCUUCGGCAAGUGCUUCGCAGACAAGCCCAUCACCCUGGGCCACCUCGACGCCGCCGAGGAGCUGUGCUUGCGCAACUGUGUCAACCGCUACUUGGACUUGAACGUCAAGGUGGUCGGGGCGUUGCAAGGCCAGUGA